AUGUCGGUUCUGUAUGUCGUCGAACGAGCUUUUUCUGCCUUCAAUGACGACUGCUUCACCAAAGUCUUCGAAAUCUUCGUGCAGCCGCAACAGGAGUCCGCUCUCCAGGCUUGGAGACUCUGGGCGGCGAAAAACAUCAACACCCUCGAAAGAGUUCAAAGGCAUGCAACAAAACUUGUCACUAGACAGGGCUCACAGUCUUAUGAAACAGGGCUUUCAAAUCUCGAUCUCUUUCCCUUGCGCUACAGAGAGCUUCGAGAGGACCUGAUACUAACAUUCAGCAUAUUACGCGUUCAGGACUGCUGCCUUGUAUCAGGAGAUUUCUUCGAGUUAGCAAAAACAACGCACUUGAGUGGUCAUCCUUUCAACUCACGUGAGACUGGGGCCAGGCUGGACGCACGGAAGUAUUUCCUCUCCAAAAGGCUGCUCGAAGCUUGGAAUAUUCUUCCUCUGGAAGUCGUUAUUUCGGAAUCCCUAGGGGUUUUUUAG